AAACUGGAAAUAGAGGCAUAGUAUGUAUCAAUUGUAAUAUUAUACYCAUAACUCAUAUGGUAUGGUUAUGUUAGCCUAACUCGUUUAAACUGUCGCCAGCUUAAACGUUUUCAAAAAWUUUUCUAAAUUUUGCCAAAUAAAAAUUAAAUUAAUUAACUGAAUUCUCUUAAAUCUUGGCUAUAUACUAGUUUUAUAGUGCAAUAAGCUUAACCUAUUAUAUCAACAUAGUUAUUUGAAUUAAAGCUGCUAUGGACAGAGUUACUACUGUCACAUACAUAUUAUUUUAAAGUUUUGUUUUGGUUGAAUAACACGAUUAUUGAAAUACCAGAACGAUGUAUAAACACAUUGACAACACAUAAUGUACUCGUAUAUAAUAUAAUUAUUCCCGUGAUCACAUUUUAUCCUCUCUCAGAAUUACUGUUUUUCGAUAAAACCAAUUAAUAAUGUUCUGAUGAGCAUCUCUACUCGCCUGCUGAACGACGACGAAUAUCAAAUUAACUACGAAUCCUCGCGUCAGCGGGAAAUUUGCGAAUGGCGCCAAUAACUCGUAUUGCUACAACAUUAGACAGCACUCRCCGUCGCCGAAUAUACAUACGAAAAUAAUAUUAUUAUCGAUUAAUAAUUAUUAUCACUCGUAUAAAACCAAAGGGACCAUUGUCAUUUCCAUCAGUGCAGCAUCGUCCGAAAUCGUUGAAAGGGUUCGAAGAAAAAGACGUUUCGACUGCCGUGUAAAAGAAAAUUUCAAUCCGAAAAAACUAUUAACAGGCGAUGAUGAACACUCCGUCCACCAAGAAAUUAGCCAUGAUGGCCACCGCGUUUGUAUUGAUCGCUGCGAUCGUCAGUUACGUAUCGGCCGACAUGUCGGACGUUGGAUUGUGCAUCAGGAACUGCGCUCAGUGCAAGAAGAUGUUGGGCGCGUACUUCGAGGGUUCGCUGUGCGCAGACGCGUGUGUCAAAUUCAAGGGCAAGAUGAUACCGGACUGCGAGAACAUCGAAUCCGUGGCACCGUUCCUCAACAAACUCGAGUGAUCCGCAUCUCGUAAAAAUCUGUCACCACCGGUUAUAUUUAUUAUUAUGCUUAGAAAAAAAAAAUGAUUAUAUAGUAUACACGUCACAUACAGCCAUCAUA